AUGGCGACCGGCAGCGGCAAAACUUUGAUGAUGGCGGGGUUAAUUUUGUAUCUCUACCAACAGGGUUAUUGUAAUUUUCUUUUUUUUGUUAAUAGUACUACUAUUAUUGAUAAAACUCGGGGUAAUUUUUUGAAUGAUGUUUCUAUCAAGUAUCUUUUUAAUAAAUCUCUUUCCUAUGAGGAUAAAAAAAUCAAUCUUCAAGAAGUCGAAAAUUUUCAAACUACUAAUGCGGACAGCAUUAACAUUUGUUUUUCUACUAUCCAAGGUCUCCAUACUCGGUUAAACAAUCCGCAAGAAAAUAGUUUAACUUAUGAGGAUUUUACCGAACAAAAAAUUGUACUUAUUUCGGACGAGGCUCACCAUAUUAAUGUGGAAACCAAAUCUCGCUCACAGCUUUCCAAAGAAGAAGAUAAAGAAGUUAUUUCCUGGGAAAAUACGGUUAAUCGCAUAUUUAAUGCUAAUCCGAAAAAUGUUCUGCUAGAAUUUACUGCCACUGUCGACUUUAAUAACCCUAAUAUUUGA